AUGCACAUUCAUGUAUCUGGUAGAGGGAUCGAAAUCCCACUAACAAAUCAUGGACGGUUAUCUGGUAAUAACCCUCACCCACUUAACAGACACGCUUCUAGCUCUUUUGGUUCCCCUGAGUUUUCGCAAAAUGUAUCGCCCUUAAGAUUGAACUCUAAUACCAAGGGGCUGAUUAAACACACUGGAGCCAAGACUUCAAAUGACUUAGAUGACCUCCCUGAAGACGAGAAUAGUGCAGCCCACACUGAAGUGAGGAACAUUGGUUUGAUGUUGAUGAACCCGGAUCAGCAUCUCACAAUUGCUUCAGAAAUAUCCCAUCGAACAAAAAAUGAAGCUAUAAAUAAAAUCAUAAAGUAUAUCAAGAACCGUCAAGAUAGUGUACCAUUUCUUACUGACAGUUUAAGGAUCUUAAGACAAGUAAUUAAUUCAGAUCCAGCUGAAAAUAAAGAGGUACAAGAAGCUUUGUAUAAGUUUUUAGGGGAGAAAUCAACAAGUGAUUUGACGAAGAAGUUAACUAGAAAUUUAAAUACUUCACAAUUCUUCAUUUCAUUAGUUCAAGAUGAUGCGCACUUCACUUUUAAAAACUUUAAUCUCGAAGAGUACCUCAAUACAUUCAAGAAAUCCUUAUCUAAAGAGAUUUUGGAAUUUUGGAAUGACUUUUCAACAAAAGAAAAAAGUGAAAAAUCACUUGUGCAGGAGAUGGAGAAAAUGAUUUUGGAAAAAUUGAAUUCACUUUCGAGUGAGAUGGAUAUUGGAGCUCAAUUGAUUCCGAUUCUUUUUGCCAAUAUCUCUAGAGCUGAGAGAGAGAAAAUCAAUCUGUUUGGAAUGCUUUACCGUCUCUCAAAGAUCAAAAUUGUAUUAGAUGGAGAUAACCUUCGUUUGUUGGUCUUAACUGUUGAACAUGAAUUGAACUCGAUUUGGCAUCCAGAACAGAAAAUAAUAGCUCAUGAAGCUUGUAAGCGUCUGGCCUCAACCUCCGCCAUCUUGGCAAGGAGAUAUGAAACUCUGUUAAGACGAGACGCGAGAGAAACUCUUUUGAAAACCAACCUUUCAGAAUUUUCUUUACAAAUCUUACUCACCAAGGAUCCCUUACUUAAAAAUAUAUUCCACUCUUUAUUAUCUGAUCCUGAUACUGUCCAGUCUGAGAAAGAUUUACUUUUAGAAAGUUUGGUAUCAUUUUUGAAAAAGGAAGCUGAUAAACCAAAUAUGGGGACAGAAGCUUAUCAAUUAACGAUUCAAAUACUGUUUUAUUAUGGAAAAUCACUCAUUGAAAAGGAUACAUCACAUCGUAAGAACAAAACAUACCAAACCGUGUUAAGAGCUUUGGAAGAUGUUCAAGGCGCAGAAGUUAUUCAAGAAAAUUCCAUCUUCUCGCUUGAAGCGUUGAGAAUACUUAAGUCGACAUCUAAAGAAGGUAGCUUGGAGAAUAGCAGAAUGGCAGCUGCUUCUUACCUUACUUCACUCUCUCCAUAUUUUGCAACUUAUUUUUGGUCGAUUAACGCUGCUUUGACUGCUUCCCCGACGAGAUCACGCACCGAAAUCGAAGGAGAUCUUGUACGAGAAGAAAUACUUGAAAGAAUCAAAUGGUUCGAAUCAGCAGAAAUGAGCCUGAAAGUAGAAAAGCUUUUCGAAGAAAUCAGCUAUACUUCAAUGGAUGAAAAGUACCGAAUCAUAGAAGCCUUCAAACAUUCCGUCAUCAAUAAGUCUGAAGAAAUUGAAAACCAAAACUUCUUGACAAGUUCAACUUGGAGACACUUUUUGCUUUUGAGUUUAAGUGCGACGAAAGCUUUGCAAUCUUCUACAGAUUCAAAUUCUCGUUUCUUAUUGCUGAUAACAGGAGAACUUCAAGAUCUUUGUCAUACUUCUUCAGUUCUUAAUAAUGAGCUUGCUUCAAUCUCUUUGAAAGUCUUACGUGAACAUGCUCCACGAUCUCUAUUAGUUAGAGCUUUGGAAGUCUCGAAAUAA